UAUCGUUUCAGUCCGCUGAACCGAAGAGGGUAUGUUACAGAAAGAGUAGUUAAUUUCUCGUCGAACAUUACCGGAGGGGGAAAACUGGGACGGCAGUAAAGCGAAUCCACGGACAGCAGAGCGGACUCGCGCGGAGGUGCCGAGGGUGUGUAGGACAUCGUACGUCCCCCCCAAUGCGAUCGAGAAAAGGAAUCACUGGAACGAUCCCAAAUCAUGUGUUUCAUAUCAUAUAUCUGUUGUCUCUUCGUGAAAUCAGCAAUAUUGGCGAGGAGGAGGUCAAAGUGAAGAUAAAGGAUUUAAAUGAACACAUCGUAUGUUACUUGUGCGCGGGAUACUUUAUCGAUGCUACCACAAUCACAGAGUGCCUGCAUACCUUCUGUAAGAGCUGCAUAGUGAAGUACCUACAGACCAGUAAGUAUUGCCCAAUGUGCAAUAUAAAGAUCCACGAGACUCAGCCGCUUCUCAACCUCAAACUGGACCGUGUGAUGCAGGACAUCGUUUACAAACUGGUCCCUGGGCUGCAGGAGAGUGAGGAUAAGAGAAUACAGGCCUUCUAUCAGGCCAGAGGCCUGGAUCGCUUCAUCCACUCAUCUAAAGGAGAGGGCAUGACUGAUAAUGGUGGCAUGACAUUGGGCAGCUUUGACCAAUCGAAAGCCCACUUUUACAGAUACGACGAGCAGGUGUCUCUGUGUCUUGAAAGACGGAGUUCCCUGUCCUUGGUUUCAAAAGACAAGAUUAAGCUGGCACAGCAGAAGUUUGUGCGUUGUCCAGCGAGGACAGAGGUUCAGCACCUCCGGAGAGUUCUGUGUCGGAGACUCAACCUGGAUAAACAGCAGGUGCAAAUGCUAUUUAACGACAAGUCCCUGCCUGAUCACAUGACCAUGAGACAACUGUGGCUCUCUCACUGGUUUGGGAAGCCUCAGCCGUUGGUCCUUCAGUAUGUCAUCAGAGAGAAGAGAGUCAGAUGAAGCCAGUGGGUGACCUAUGACCUCCAGCAUGUCCAGAUGCACUCGGCUGGAAAAUGUUUAUAGGACACACAUCUCUAUUUUACUAUUGUCACACACAGAUGCCAAUUUUGUGCAUUUUAUUAUGUAUAUUUUUAAGAUAAAAAUAAAAAAAUGAUCAUGUAA